AGCCACGGCUCAGAGAAGGAACUCUGGGGACAGGACACCCGAGCUCUCGUCUUGGCUCUGCCACAGACCUCCCUAUUGUCUCUGCUAAGUCACUUCCUCUCCCCGGGCCCCAGUUUUCUCAUCUGAGAAAUGGGCCAGUCAGGCUUGUCCUCCUGGCUCACAGGUGGAACGACCCAGCGGGAAGGGCCAGGGGCUGCCCGUCUCUUCGCCCCACCUGGGACAGGUGAGGAGUUUCGGGGGACGCCUUCAUGGGGCCUGAACCUAGCGCCCGGCUGCACCAGGACCGUGUUGCAUUUGGCCGGCAGCUCCUCUGAAGCAGCCACCCUGGCCCCUCGGGGCCCUGACCCCGGCCUGGGCACUACAAGGGAUCGAUUGGCCCUGGCCUUGGGGCCCUGAUUGGUCCCGGCUGAACAGAGCAAACAGCAAGGUCAUCUACAGCCACAGGCCCGUUCCCCAGCCCCAGUCCAUAGCUGCCUCGUGCAGGCAGGUGGUGGCUCUUCUGUCCCCAGACGGAGCCCGUGAGUGACACCCCAGGCGGAGGAGCCCGGAGCCAUGCAGAGUCUUGGAACCCUGCUCUUGCAGCUGACCGCCUGCCUGGCGGUGAGUGCCAGCCCUGUGACGACGUUGCCCGACGACAUCCAAGUGCAGGAGAACUUCGACCUGUCUAGGAUCUACGGGAAAUGGUUCCACGUGGCCGUGGGUUCCACCUGCCCGUGGCUGAAGAGGUUCAAGGACAAGAUGACCAUGAGCUCGCUGGUGCUGGGAGAGGGAGCAACGGACAGGGAGCUCAGCGUGACUAAUACUCACUGGCGGAAAGGUGUCUGUGAGGCGAUCUCUGGGGCUUAUGAGAAAACAGGCACUGAUGGAAAGUUCUUCUAUCACAAACCCAAAUGGAACAUCACCAUGGAGUCCUAUGUGGUCCACACCAACUAUGAUGAGUAUGCCAUUUUUCUGACCAAGAAAUUCAGCCGCCGCCAUGGACCCACCAUUACUGCCAAGCUCUAUGGACGGGAGCCACAGCUUCGGGAAACCCUGCUGGAGCAGUUCAGGGAAGUUGCCCUGGGUGUGGGCAUCCCUGAGGACUCCAUCUUCAGGAUGCCCGACAGAGGUGAGUGUGUCCCUGGGGAGCAGGAACCAGCGCCCACUCCACUCUCGAGAGCCCGGCGGGCUGUUCUGCCCCAGGAAGAGGAAGGAUCAGGGGCUGGACAACUAGUAACUGAUUUCGGCAAGAAAGAAGAUUCCUGCCAGCUGGGCUACUCACAAGGUCCUUGCCUGGGGAUGAUUCAGAGGUAUUUCUAUAAUGGCUCAUCCAUGGCCUGCGAGACCUUCCACUACGGUGGCUGCAUGGGGAACGGCAACAACUUUGUCUCAGAGAAGGAGUGUCUGCAGACCUGCCGGACCGUGGAGGCCUGCAAUCUCCCCAUAGUCCCUGGCCCCUGCCGAGGCUCCACCCAGCUCUGGGCAUUUGAUGCUGUCAAGGGGAAGUGCGUCCUCUUCAUCUACGGGGGCUGCAAGGGCAACAGCAACCAGUUCUACUCAGAGAAGGAGUGCAAGGAGUACUGUGGCAUCCCUGGUGAAGGGGAGGAGGAGUUGCUGCGCUUCUCCAGCUGAGCGGCCCACAGGCCAGAGGUCCACAGGCCACAGGGAGCGCGAGGGCCAGUGUCUGCCCCAGGGUCCCGCGGCAGGUUCCAAUAAAAAGCAAAUUGUAGACUCCUGAAAUCCCAUGUCCUGACGAUUCAUCACGAAGUAUAAUGAGAUGGGGGAGGGGAGGGGGAGACAAGCUGGGGAGCGGGCAUGAGUAACCCAGCUUUCCCCACAUGUGAAAAAUGUAUGUGUCGGCAAUGUAUAGAGCCAUCUUCAGGACAUGAAAUUGGCUAUGCAAAUUACGAAACAUAAAUCACAGUUCUGUAUAAAA